CUUGUGUUUGCCGGAGGUUUUCUUUGCGUAUUCGACCUGAGGGUCGUGUCUGUUCGUUGAGCAAGCUUUCUUUCUCUGGGGACUUUGUUCUUCUCUCUCCCUUCUCGCAGUUUCAGUCUGCAAGAGGUGGAGGGCGCCUUGGUGUGGCUUCCGACGGAAUAUCGUCAUUCGCGGUCGAUGAUAAAAAAAAGUCGUGCAAAUGUCGAUUUGCUUUGCUGACGCGUCGUUUUCCGGUACAUGCGUUCCGUAGACAGCCUCUGCGGGAUGCAGAUCCGCUCUCAGUGCCCCCCUCGAUGGGGGCAUCGUCGUCGUUGUUCCCUCUUUCUCGUUUCCUCUUCUCGAUCUCCUUCCUUUUCUUCUUCUUUCUCUUGUUCGUCUUCUUCUCUUUUCUCUUCGUCUUCUUCUUCUCCGUCUCCGUCUCCGUCUACCAUAGCACUUGCACAGAGAGCUUCUUCUGCGCCGUGGGGUGGGCGUACCUUCCUUCAGUUUCUUCUGUCUCCUGUCUCUCCCCGUUCGCCUUCGCCUCUGCUUGGCUUCUCUCGGAGGCCUCCUCUGCCGUCUGCCUUCUCGCUCUCUCUCCGCGCCUCGUUCGCCGCAGCCCCACCGCGACGCCGUUCCGUCGCGCAUGCAUGCAGGGAGGAACAGGCGCGAGCAGGGAGUCCGCGAGCGACGGAGACGAGCGAACCGAGGCGUCGAGAGUCGACGAAAAGAGGAGACAUUCGAGAAGGCGACAGAGGCUGGUCGUCCGCACAGCGCAUCUGUGGAGGAGCUGAAGCGUCCAGAUGGCGCAUGCAGACUGAGGCGCCAGGCAGAGAAGCCCCGCUGUUCCAAGGUGUCGAAGAAGCAGCCGAGUUUCUGAUAUCCGAGAACAAAGAAAAGAAGAAGAAAGGGGAAGAUGUUGGAGCGCGCAGAGAGAAGAGCCUCAUGUUCGACCUCGAAAGACGUUACACCCCACAUGAAAAACACCGCGUCAGAGCGCAGAUGAGAGAAGCUCUCGAUCUGGACUUGGAGGCCUCUGAGCAUGCGCGGUGUUCUUCAGCUCCAGAACAAAGCGGAGAAAACAGACGAGAUAUGGAAUACACGCAGAGCGGCGCAGAACGCGAGAUGAAGAGCCGCCUGGACCUUUACCUCGCGCAGCUCAUGCAGACGCCAAACCGACUGCAUGCACCCUCCAGGUCUGGGACCUCCUCCAAUUUGUCCUUCUCUUCACCGGAGGUGCAUGGAGAUCUCUGUGUCUCUUCCUCUUCGUCUUCUCUUCCCUCUUAUUCGUCGUCUCCUGCGUGCUCGUUUCCUGCUUCCUCUGUGCCGCCACCCUUCGCCGGUUCUGCUCGGCUUCAGUGUUUGGCGCUGCCGGAGUUUCUUCGUCUGGCUACGUUUCUAUCUCGACAGCGAGACCUCUUGGAGCAUGCGUCUCCGGCGUCUCUGGCGCUUGUCGAGGGCCAUCCGCUUGUGCAUCUUUUUGCGCGUUCGCUGCACCGGCUGAAGUUCGCAUUGUCUCCACGUGUGUUGGCUUCUUGCGUGGACUUUCUGCUCGCGCUCUCGAGCUCGCGAUCGCGGCCCCUGCUUCAGUCGCUCGUGGAUCUCCUUCUCGCUCCCCCGGCCCUCGCUUCACUCCUCGAAGAGCCGCAGCAAGUCGAGGCCUCUCUCGCCCUCCUCCUGCGCCUCUGCCGGCACCCGGCGCGCCUCCUGGACGGUGUGUCUGGCGAGUCUGCACAGCGUCUCUGGGAGGGCGUUUUCGUCUUCCUGUUGUCUCCUCGCGCGACCCGCAUCGAAGAGGCUGAGCUGCUCGCUCUGCUGCAUGCACUGACUCUCGUCGCGGAGCCCACGGUGUCGAACCGCGACUCGGAGAACGCUCUUGCAUCCCGUUCGCAGACAGAAAACAACGCACUCUGGAGUGUCGACCUCGACACAGCGCUGCUCGCUUGCGCUCUCGAGCGCCUCCUGCCCGACUGGGUCUCCUCGGCGAGUCCGCAUGCACUCACAGCGCUUCUGCUGCUUCUCACGCGUCUCGGGUGUCUAAACGCCCAGGUCUUUGCGGAGAUUGCAGAAGCGCUUCUUCUUGCUGUUCCCUUCCUCAGCGACGCCGCCCUCCUGCCGCUCCUCCAUACCCUCCUCGUCUGCCGGCAACGCUUUGACUUGAGUCGAAACAUGCAGAGACUCGAGCACUCCGCCCUUCCCCGCGGCGCAGGUCUCCUUCUCGGAGAAAAAGAAGACGUCUUCUCUCGAGGCGAAGCGCUCGACUUGGCCAGCGGACACCCGCUGUACGAGACCCGCGCAAAGCGCCUCCUUCAGGCGCUCCGGCACCGCGUCCAGAGCCGCUUCGGGCGCGUUCCGUUCGAGGUCUCUGUCGCGGAGCUGGGGGCAUUGUUCUCCGUCUAUAAGCCGAACGCGGACUUGAAGCGGGAGUUUCUGGCGCGCUGCGCCGCGAGUCCAGAGGCGUUGAAGCGACUCUCGCCGGAGUUGUUUCUGACUGCCGCGCGGGUGCUGGCGCGCCUCGGAGUGAGUCACGGCUCCCAGGCGCGUUUCGCCUUCGCACAGGCGCUUCCACACCAGCUCCCGCGCAUGCAGCUCCACCAAUUUCUCGAGCUCACGCGCCCUGGCGCCGGCGGCGGCGUCGGCGCCCUCGAGACCCUCCGCGCGGCGCUCGCCGCCGAGAAGAAGGCGCUCCUCGCCGUCCUUCAGGUGUACAGACGCCUUGCGUUCGACGCCUGUCGCGCCGUGCUUUUCGUCGAAGGUCGCACAGCAGAAUCUGAGGAAAAGGGGAUCUCGCUCGCGGGAGAGCAGCUGAUGCUCGCUCCCGGUGCGCGCCUGCUGCUUCUGGGCGGGAACGACGCCAGUCGAAUCGCCGACUCCUCUCCAGACCUUUUUCUCGAGACGUCGUCGCAGUCUGUGGCUCAGUCGUCUCUACGCUCUUCUCGUGAUUCGUCUCUCCAGUCUUCUUUUAGAAAUUCCAGCGAGGCUUCCUCGGAGUCCUCGGCGUCCGUCGAACGGCCGCGUUUGCCCUCUCCAGCGAGUCUCUUGUCUCUGAUGCGUGGUUGGAUGACUCUGGGGCUAUCACGGAAGGCGGAGACGCCGCUGCCUCUCGUCCUCUGUCUCCUGGCGCUCGAGAGCGUGGAACGACGAGUCCUGUUUCGGCAGGUGAUGAGGCGUUCACUCGCCAGCGCGUCUGUCGAGUCUCCCGCGCUUUCGAGUGCUGGAUCUUCGCUGGGCAGUCCUCACUCUGCCUCACCCGCGGAUCCGCUGCUCUCUCCUUCCCCUUCUUCUCCUCUCUCGCCUUAUCUUUCUGCUUCUUUUUCUCCUCCUCGUGUCUCAGCAGAGGUGGAUGCGAGAUCGUCUCUGGGGUCUGCCCCUGGGUCGCGCACUGCGGCGUUCGCGCGGCAGACUUCUGCUUCUCUCUUUCGCCAGUUGUCUAUGCCGCAGCUCGUGCUCCUCGUCUCUGCAUGCAGACAAACUGGACUGCUGGUCUCUCCCGCGCUCGCCGCAGCAGUUCUCCACCGCCUGCGCCGCAGCACAGGUCUCCUCUGCCCCGCAGACGCCGCAGAAAUUUCCUUCGUCCUCGCGUCGCAGCAACUCCUCCGCCGGCAGCCCCAAGAAGCUGCGAGGCUCCGAGCUCUCCAGGAGCCUUCAGAGAAAAACGCAAGUCCUGGGGAAAGUCUCGGGGACAGCCGACGCGAAGGCGACGCGAGAGACAAAAGAGAAAGGACAGCGAUGGGAGACGCGAGAGACAAAAGAGAAAGGGCAGAGAUGGGAGACGCGAGAGACAGGGGAUAUGUGGAACAUGAAGGAAGAGGGGAAGCAGCGCGACAAGGAAAGGAGUUCUGCAUGACCGAGGCGCUUUCCGUUUUGGCUGACAGCAGAUCUGAAGCAUGUGAGAGCUGGGUGGACAGAAACGACGAAGAAGAAGAGGAAGAAGAAGAAGAGGAAGAAGAAGAGCGACCGAGCGUGUACCAAAUGCUCUUCGAGAGCAUCUGCGCAGGAUUGUGGGAGGAGCGCGUGGAGCAACCAAACACAGAAGAUCUUGUCAAAAUCUUCUGGGCUCUGGUCGCGGGAGAGAGAUGGAAAUGGGUGAGAAAACUGGGGACCCCCAUCGUCGAAUUCUGUGCGUCUCACUUUGCGGAUCUUCAAGCGUCUCCUGAGUCGCAACGUCGUUUUUUCCAAGCUCUCGCCCACCUUCGCACCAAGGACCCAGUUCUCGCAAGAGAGUUCUUUCAGCUGCUUCAUCGGACUCCGGUUGUUUCUCCUGCCUCUGAGUCGUCCAGUUCUGCGUCUCUGUCUGCGUUUUUCUCUCCUUUUUCGUCUCCCCUCCCGCUCGCGUCGCGCUCUGUCUCUGCGCAGGGUGCAGACGAAGACGAGGGCGGGGCAUCUGCGCUCGUCUCGUCACGGAACCACAGAGAAAUUUGCUUCUCGGAACAGGCCGCGGCGAGCCCAGAAAAGCGUUGGUGGCUUGCGAGAAGUCCACAAGUCGUCGACGCAUGCGCUGAAUUCGACUUGGUGCGCAGGCAGCUGCACACAGAAGAAGGAAUCUUGAACACCGCCUUAAGAGGCUCUGUGCUCGCCGAACUGCAAUUGACCUGGCGCGCUGGCGACAAGCGGACGGCGCCCUCGACGGUGGAGGAGGACUUGGGCGCUCUGCUCGGUCGUCUCGCUGCCGCGUCUUUCUUUCAAAAAACGCUGGACAUAAGUCCGCACUGCCCGUCCGAUGCGUCUGCGGCGCGAACAGUUCUUCGGCGGUCGUCAGAGUCUCUGGCACGUCCCCUGCGGCCUUUCUCGUCUCUCGCUCUGGCUGCCGCGCUCCCGUCUGGCGGCUUUCUGCCGAACGUCCCGGAAGAAGAAGAGUACUCGCUGAGCUGGGGGAACCCAGUGUGGAGGGUGGGUAUUCUGCUUCUCCCUCGCGCCUCCAGUUCAGGCUCCUCCACUUGCCGCUCUUCUCUCUGGGUGCUUCUGGAGGAGCGCGCGCGGAGCCGCGAGGUAGGGCACUCUGGAGGCGCUGCCAGGAAGAAGGAGAGAGAGAGAGGACGCGAGGCGGCCACAACCGAGGCGGAGAACGAAGUGCUCGAGGGCCUCAUUCGCCGCGAAAUGCAAACAUCUUUUCCAGACUUCAGCGCGGGAAGUCCAGAGACGCCAGAGGGUCCGAGGCUCUCAGCAGCAGUCGCCAUGAAAAUCAAGUUUCUGCAAGAAGUUCGUGACUGGCGCGUCGUCGUUCUUCUGCAGGAGCAGGUGAAGGAGCGACUGAAGCGAGACAACGGCAAGUGGAUUCAAGAGCGGCUAGCCCAGUGCCGGGGGCUUUUUCCUCUGUCUCCUCCUCUCUCUUCCUUUCUUCGCGCCUACGCGUCCACCUCUGCUCUUUUUUCUGCUUCUUCCGACUUGUCUGCGUCCUCCUCGUCCGUUGGCACAACGUUUUCUGGGCAGCCUCAAGACGCACUGCUCGGCUGUUCCGAGACGCUCUUCCCAGCUGCGUUUUCGCCGGUGACAGACUUGCCAGAAUCUAGUGCGUCGUCUCCUUCGCUCGCGGCUUCAGAGGGAGAGAGCGAAGACGCCUUUCUCGUCUCAGCCGCAUGCGUCAGUGGAGAGGAGAGCCACCCUAGGCAAGGCGGAAGAAAACGACAAGUGCAGCUGCUCUGGGAGAAACCUGGAGAAGAGUCGCGAGAAAAGAAGACGAGAGCGGAAGACCAGAGACUCAAACAGGUCUCCCACUACAGGGCGGUCCGCGAGGCGGCCUUCAUGCAGCUCCAAAGAGAACUUCACUUUCUCUUCUCUCUAGACUAGUUUACUUGGUGCUGGGCUCCGCUCGAAUUCUAGAGGUGAAAGGACCUCUGCCUCUUUUUUUUCGACGGCUGCAGGUUUGCGUAGCGGGACUGCUUAGGGCCGUCGGCUUCCUCUGUUCCUCACGGUGGAGAGACCUCGGUGCUGCGGCGGUCUCUGAGCAUCGAACAAACCGACUGCUCGUUUCUCGCGCUUCGACUGUUCCGGGGUUUGCCGCAAAAGUCGAGUUUCUUUGGCGCGGCCUCCAAGCAGAUUAAAAAACAACUUUUUCUCCCGGAGGCGCACCUUGCCCUGGGGUUCUCGCCGGCGCAUCAGCCAGGCCAAACUGCGCUCUCAAAGAGCCGAAACGGGUGCUAAGCGGCGAUAUCGUUAGCAUCCAGGGCAUGACGCAGCCUAGUUUGCAUUUCUGAAAGACACCAGCUCAAUUUCUACGGCUGAUGCGCCUUUGUGAGGUCGAGUAGCCUUCAGUUGCCGCGCAAGUUAUUUCCUCGAUCCCAGAGUCUGUUCUCAAGAACGCCUGUCGGCGUCACCUGACAGUGGGGCUUCCCUCGAGCGAUGUCGAGACACGCACAUCAGAGACAAACACUGAAGAACGACCGAAGGAACUCCGCACAGCCCGUUUGUCUACUAGAUCCUCGAUGUAUGCGUCGAUAGUCUCUAGAUCGUUGACACAGACCUUGAUGCAGGGAGGCACACCCGCGGCAGAAAGA